GUGUGCUCGGGACUCGGCGCCUCAGGAGGGAGCGGCCAGUGGGCUAGCAUCUUGUCACUGGGGUUCUGAGGCCAGGCUGCCGCGGCCACCUCUUUCUGGUGCCUGAGCCUCCCGGAGGGGCCGGGGCCGGGUCACGGCGGGCUGACUGGUCCCGGGGAGCUGAGACUGCUGGACCCGAAGGCGGAGGUGCACGUCCGGCGGUCGCCUGGCGCCGGGAGGAGGCUGAGGGGACCAUGUCUGGGAGGAACUUCCACCUCUCCACCACCGAACGCGUCAUCAAAGCUGUCCCCUUUCCUCCAACCCAACGGCUUACUUUGAAGGAAGUAUUUGAGAAUGGGAAACCUAAAAUUGAUGUCUUAAGAAACCAUUUGGUGAAGGAAGGGCGACUGGAAGAGGAAGUAGCCUUAAAGAUAAUCAAUGAUGGGGCUGCUAUCCUGAGACAAGAGAAGACUAUGAUAGAACUAGAUUCUCCAAUCACAGUGUGUGGUGACAUUCAUGGACAAUUCUUUGACUUGAUGAAGUUGUUCGAAGUUGGAGGAUCACCUACUAACACACGCUACCUCUUUCUGGGUGACUAUGUGGACAGAGGCUAUUUCAGUAUAGAGUGUGUGCUGUUUUUGUGGAGUUUAAAGAUUAAUCAUCCCAAAACAGUGUUUCUGCUUCGAGGAAAUCAUGAGUGCAGGCAUCUUACAGAAUAUUUCACCUUCAAACAGGAAUGUCGAAUCAAAUAUUCUGAACAGGUGUAUGAUGCGUGUAUGGAGACAUUUGACUGUCUUCCUCUUGCUGCCCUCUUAAACCAGCAGUUUCUGUGUGUACAUGGAGGGAUGUCGCCUGAAAUUACUAGUUUAGAUGACAUUAGGAAAUUAGACAGGUUUAAAGAACCUCCAGCCUUUGGGCCAGUGUGUGACCUGCUUUGGUCUGAUCCCUCAGAGGAUUAUGGCAGUGAAAAGACCUUGGAGCACUAUACCCACAACACUGUCCGAGGGUGCUCUUAUUUUUACAGUUACCCUGCAGUUUGUGAAUUUUUGCAGAACAAUAAUUUGUUAUCAAUAAUCAGAGCCCAUGAAGCCCAAGAUGCUGGGUAUCGAAUGUACAGGAAGAGCCAAACAACAGGCUUUCCAUCACUCAUUACAAUUUUCUCUGCCCCCAAUUACCUAGAUGUCUAUAACAAUAAAGCUGCUGUGUUAAAAUAUGAAAACAAUGUCAUGAAUAUCAGGCAGUUUAACUGUUCUCCACACCCCUACUGGCUUCCAAACUUUAUGGAUGUUUUCACAUGGUCUUUGCCUUUUGUUGGGGAAAAAGUCACAGAGAUGCUGGUUAACGUUCUCAACAUAUGCUCUGAUGAUGAAUUGAUUUCCGAAGAUGAAAUUGAAGAUCACUACAUUUCAAGCUAUCGGAAAGGAGGCACUACAGUUCGAAAGGAGAUCAUCAAGAAUAAAAUCAGAGCCAUUGGGAAGAUGGCACGGGUCUUUUCAAUUCUGCGGGAAGAGAGUGAGAGUGUGCUGACUCUCAAGGGCCUGACGCCUACAGGGACACUCCCUCUAGGUGUCCUCUCAGGAGGAAAGCAGACUAUUGAGACAGCCACAGUAGAAGCGGUAGAGGCCCGGGAAGCCAUCAGAGGGUUUUCGCUUCAGCACAGGAUCCGGAGUUUUGAAGAAGCCCGAGGACUGGACCGAAUUAACGAACGGAUGCCACCCCGAAAAGACAGCCAGUACCCUGACGGGCCAGUGAGACUGCCGGCACAGCCCAGCGCUGCGCACAGGAGCGACAGGGGGAGAAGAGCCAACAAUGACACAGAGCCCUGCUGUGGCACAGGGUACUGUUGAAGAAGAUGGCUGGGAUUUCACUGGCUAAAACUACUCUUCUCAUGGAAAACUUGAUUAUAGUCAAACUUCUCAGUAAAUAACCCAAACCCAGUGAUUUUGAGGGCCAAGGAGAAUGUUUUCCAUAUAACCUACUUUCUUCUGGACUCUCAAUUCCUUUUAAUAUGUUCUAGUAAGACAAAAUAAAAAGCAAUGAGAGAUUUUCUUAGAAUUAUUCAAAACCUGUUCUUCCAACCAUGGGCAUGGUUGGUUCAAACUUCCCUUAGAAUUUUGGAGGUUUCUUAUCCCAGAUCCUUUUGCUUUCAUUUUUGAAGCCCCGGUAAUUUACCCAACUGCAAAGGAAGCUACAUUUCUAAGUAUUUUAUAAAUGUCCUCCGUAGAACUUUCAAAAAUAAGAGGUAUUUGUGUCCUUCUGUGCAAUUGUAUCAGCUAUUGAGUCUGUUCUCCCCAUUGUCCUUAUAUUCCUGUGUCAGCAUUUUAAAAACCAACUGGGGUAAAGGAAACUGACUAGGGUAGAAUGAUCCCCUUAUGAAUUGGGAGUCUUGCUAAAGGACAUUGGACAAGUGAGGAUUUCCUAUUUUCUGUAUCGGUUACUGGGAUGUUUCUCCACCUUACACACUCAUUAGGUUGAACUGUAUGUCAGUCUCCAUCAACAAAAACAAGUGUUCAGAUACAGUGUUUGAAUAGUCUUUUCAACAACCAGUGAGUGAAAGAAAUUUUGGUGAUCCUUGGGCUCCCAUUUUUGGUUUAGCCUGGUGACAGGUACCAUGUUGUAAUGCUCAUUUGUCGGCUUUGCAGUGAAUGUCUGUGUCUGGGCAAUACUACACCAAAGUGCAUAUUUACACAGCUCUUAAUAUCAUUUGGCAUGUAGGAGUCCAGCAUUGAAACAAGCAUCUCAGACAGUAGUAUUUGAUGUUGUAAGCUUAAAGGACACCAGAAACCUUUUUCAAAGAAAAACCCACAAUUUCACUAGAAGAAUGAGGAUUUAGCCCAUCUAUCUAUGUUUCUGUAUACCUUUUGCUAAUAACAGUUCCCAAUUUAUGAGAGAGAAAGCAUGUUGGGGCUUGGGAUCUGGUGGCAUGGAUUACUCUGUUAAUAAAAAAAAGAUAGGAAGGAUAUGGGGGAAGGAGAUAAAAGACCUCUUACUAGGUUGUGAGUAAAACCUGUGAAAGGAGGGAGACAAAGUCUUGAAUAGUUUCCUUUACCGAUCGUCAUUUCUUUAUAUUCAAAGAGGGAAUUCAUCAUCUGCAUAGCCUCGUACUCCUCCCUCCCCGAGUCCCACUCUAGAAGGGACACUGUUUUGGAAAUCUCACCUAAUAAGAAGGUCAGUCCACAUGACAGUUGAUGGAUGGAAUCCCUUACCCCUUUCUCCUUUUCUUCUAGCUGAGGCUAUUGUUAUACAUAUAUAAUCCACAGGUAGAAACCACUCUUAAGGGCUUCAGUCAGCAAGUAAGUAGUGAAAUAGUUACUACAAAUCCUUACAAGCAAAAGAUACUGUACUAGUUAAAAGGAUGAUUAUUGAGAAAUGUCUUCAUUAUCUUCUCAAAAACAAGCUUUACAGUAAAGCAAGUUUCCUUGAUAGAGGAUGGCAAAAGACCUAUACAUACAGAGAACAAACUGAGGGUUGCCAGAGGGCACGGCGGGGGAGGGGGUGCAAAAUGGGUGAGGGGGAGAUACAGGCCUCCAGUUAUAGAAUGAGUAAAUCAUGAGAAUAGAAGGCACAACAUAAAGAAUACCAUCAGUGAUACUAUAAUAACGAUGUAACAGGACACAUGGUAGCUACAGUUGUGGUAAACAUAACAUAAUGUAUCAACUUGACAAAUCACUGAGUUGUACACCUGAGAUGUAACGUGUAUCGACUAUACUUAAGAGAAAAAGAAAAAAAAAAAAAGAUGGGGCGGGGGGGAGGAUGUAUUUUACAGGUACCCUGGGAGCUGUUGAGGGAUCAGCCAGAGGGGGUAAGAAGUCAUGAUUCAAGAAAAUCAGAGUGAGUUGAAAAUAAAGCAACAAGGAAGUUAGGUUUAAAAAUUCAAAUUUUGUUGAAUUCUAAAGAUAAAGGUAUUUCUUAUGUUCUGUAGAAAGCUGGGGUGUGUGUUUCAGCAGUUGAGAAAGUUGUGUGGUAAACGUGUCUCUGUGUAAUACACACAGCUUCUGAAAGUGAGACUGUCAGUCUAUACUUUAUAUGUAUUUACACCUGUGACUCAAGAUGGUUUAGAAGGCAUGUGCCUUGGGGAAGUAUAUAUAUAUAUGGAUAUAUAUAUUGUGGUAACAGGACUUGUUCUUCACUUUAGACUUCGUUGGAGGGUUUUAACAUAUUUUCGAAUGUUUUCAUCUAAACAGUAGCUCCCAAGAUGGCUGGCUGCCUGUUCUGGGUUUGCCUAAGGCCAUCAUUUCAAACAAACAUUUUCACUGCUGUCAGAGCUCUGCAGUAUUCCCAUUUUCAAAGCCUCUUCUAUUACAGUAAAUCAUACCCCUGCGGGUUCUAAAGAUACUAAAAAUACUUUUCUCUUGUUCUCUUUUACUUUAAGGUCCUCAGGGACCUUAUUUUCUUCAACUUCUUUUAUCUGGGGAAAAAAAACAACACUUCUUACAUCAGUUCCCUAGACAUGUUGGAGGACUCUUUUAUAUACUUUACUGAAAUAUCAUUUUAAAAAUGACACUUCCCAAGGACCAGUUUUUCCAUUUGUGUUUACGUCUGCAUCAUAAGAAAUUUCAAAUCGAUCAGGUGACCGUUUUUUUUAAAUAAAAAUUUAAAAACUCAUCUAACACAAGUUUAGAACAUACAUCCUUUUUAAAUCUCUGUGUUCUGAAUAUUUAAGAGCAACCCCCCCCCAUAAGCCAAGGGGUGUGUGUGUUUAAAGGAAUACUAAAACAAACGCCGCCUCAGUUUCUUUUAAAACCUCAAGGCAAACACGUGGUUAUGGGUCUGACAUUGCUGGUCUGCUGGCCUUUUGUGACUAGAUAUUGACCAGUAGAGUGAAAAUUGCUUGUCACUCUCUGAGGGGCUUGAUCUGGCUUCUUGCCUAGAGAUAGAAAAUCAGGCCCUCCAGGAACAUUGGUAAAUUUUAUCUACAUUUAUAUUGCCUUUUCUGUUUCUACACAACAGUUGCGGUUCAAUGAAACAAGUUCCUGUCAAUAACAAAGAGUUGAUUUCUUAUCCUAAUAACUUAGGUAUGACUUCCUGAUACUGUUCAAAAUAGGAAAAGAAAAAUCCUUUUAUUUGUUUUGUCAACAGAAUAUUAUUAUUUAAUAUUAUUAAGGAGCAAGGGUGGGAGUUUUUAAAACUAGGUAACUUUGGGGCCCUUUCAGCCUUGUCAUUGUCUCACAGAUCCUCUUCUAAGUAAUUUUAAAACAAAGUUUGAAGCAGCUGCCCUUUGUAAGAACAUUACAAACCAUGCUUACAUGACACACAGCUGGGCUUACUGCUCAUGGUCAUUACUCGCGGGUCUUCUCCAGCCUCUCUGAAGGAGCAAGGCUAAAAUCACUUCCCUCCACCCUCCUUUGUUUUAUGUACAUAUUGUAGCUGAUCUCCAGAAUUUUUGACCAUGCUUUAUCUAUAAAUAUAAAAUUGAAGUUAUUGAGAAUUAACCGUUUAAGUUAAAAUAAUUAGGAAGAGCUUGCCCCAGGUUGACUAAUUUAUAGUUUUUCUUUGUAUUACCAGUUUUUUUCCUCCAGUUUUUCUAUUGAAAAGUAUUCCUGAACCCAUAAAGACUUGUUAAGAUAUCAUUCUAGAAUCCCCACUAUUUAUUAUAGUUGUUAUAGUAACAGUGGAACCCAAGUUUUUUUUUUUUUUUUCAGAGCAUUAUUCAGUUUUUCUUAUGUAGGCAGAAAUGAUUUCAGGGGAAAGGUGAACCCAAAGCCGCAGUUGUGGGCAUGAGGCUCCAAUUUCCUAAAUCAUUUGUGGUUAUAAUGAUGGAUAGAUACCACCUUGUCUGGCACCUGGUCCACAGCUUUCCUGAAGUCUGCUAUAAGAGGGAGUAAAGGGCAGCCUGGGGGCCCCCAACAAGAGCUGGAGGAGGGUCUGGAUGACCUGGAGGGUAGUUCCAAAGCAGUGUUGCCACAGCCCCUCUUCGGCACUGCUGUGAUCAAAUGCUCAUAGGAAAGCCUGAAGAGAGAGCAGAUGUGUAUGUAGGGGAAGAAAGCUGUGUAGUCGAAAAACAGGGUUGUUAUUCUUGAGUUGUACAGAGAACUGCGUUAACAGUAAAGCUUUGUGCCAUUGACAGGGUGUGAAAGAGGCUACCUGUGUUACUCUGAGACUUGUGACCUGCCCUGCCUAUGUCUAGCCAGCCAGAGUGAAUGGGGCCAGGGUUAGCUGCCUUCAUCUAUGCAGUCACAAAGGUAAAGGUGAUACUGGAGAGGAUAUUCCCUCCUGGGAGGCCUUGGCCUCACACCCCAGCAACCUCGGCCAGACUGGCUAAAUAACACCUUUGUCUGAGACAGGGUUAUGCAUGUUCUCCUCUUCUACACCCUCAUGACAAGUCAAGGUGGCUUAAGAUCAAGAAGCAAGGACAUGGAUGUGGACUAUCCCUCCGAGCAGCUCUAAAGUAGGGCCAUGCACAUUGCCUUCCUGUAAGUUCUUGCCCAGAUUCCCUUCACUUCCUUGACGUAGCUAUCUCCAAAUAACUUGUUGUGUUUUGUUUUGCAUGUUAAAGUGGAAGUGCAUGUAAUAAGGAGGCCUACCACAGAUUUUGAUUUGCGGCAGUAAAGACACAUUUUUUGGUCUGUCAGAGAACCUUUUUGAAGAUGCCAUCAUGAGCACCUUUUCCUUUCUCAGUGCACUGUGACCAAUAUUGUUUUUUCCUAAUAGAAAUGUCAGCAGGCAUUUUCUAAGAAAGGAUCCUGGUUUCGCUUCCUGAGGUGGUCAGACAUAAGAGUAGCUGGUGAUGGUCAUUUUUUUAAAGGCUCUUCUGAAUGAUAGAUUAUGUGCUUGUGCUGAGAGAUUACUUGCUUUUUCUUGCUUUCAGUUAUGUUUAAGAAAAUGGUGAAAAUGUUAUUUAUUGGCAGAAGUGAACAAGUCUUUUUUGUGAUCAAGAAAUUAAUCUGUUCGAAUUUUAUUGUAAAUUGGAAGUCAUCUUUAAAAAGAAAAAAGCACUGUUAAAAUUAAAUGAUAACUUUAUUGGC